CCCUGCCCUUCCUUUCGAAGCCCCCACAUCCCAGAGCAGCUCAGCGCCCUGCUCUUUCGAAACCCUCUUCUAGGGCUAGGGUUUCCCAGCUUAUCCCUCUCUGCUACUGCUAUCCUCUUGAUCUUUCUGUAUUCCAGCGAUAUUUUCAUCUGCUGUCUGUGUGCUUGUCGGUUGAGGUUAUUUUUAUUCGGAUCUUGAUCCAUUGCUUUCUUAAAAUGGAUAUUCGUAAGAGGGGGAGGCCGGAGGCUGGCAUCAACGUUAACGGUGGCCUCAAGAAGACCAAGCAAGAAUUGGAGUCCUUAUCAACUGGUGUAGGAAGCAAAUCGAAGCCUUGUACCAAGUUUUUCAGCACUGCUGGCUGCCCUUUUGGGGAGGGUUGCCACUUCUUGCACUAUGUUCCUGGUGGCUAUAACGCUGUUGCUCAGAUGAUGAAUUUAGCCCCUGUUACUCCUGCUGCUUCUAGAAAUGUUGCAGCCCCACCGCUGGUACAUAAUGGCUCCAAUCCUGCUGUCAAAACUCGCAUAUGCAAUAAAUACAAUUCUGCAGAAGGCUGCAAAUUUGGUGAUAAGUGUCAUUUUGCACAUGGUGAAUGGGAACUUGGCAAGCCUAUCGCUUCAGUAGAAGAUCAUCGUGCUGUGGGACCCAUUGCAGGCCGUAUUGCUCCCAGUCGAAUGGAGCCUCCACCUGGUCCUGUGGCUAGUUUUGGUGCCAAUGCCACUGCCAAGAUCAGUGUAGAAGCAUCCUUAGCUGGAGCAAUCAUUGGGAAGGGUGGUGUAAACUCCAAGCAGAUCUGUCGGCAAACAGGAGCAAAACUAUCAAUUCGGGAUCAUGAGUCAGAUCCGAAUCUUAGAAACAUUGAACUUGAGGGAACGUUUGAACAAAUUAAGGAAGCUAGUAACAUGGUGAAAGAGUUGCUUGCAACCAUCUCAAUGUCUGCGCCGCCUAAAAUCCCUGGUGUUCCUGGUGCGCCACCCCCUGGAAGCAAUUAUAAGACCAAGUUGUGUGAGAACUUCGCCAAAGGAUCUUGUACUUUCGGAGAAAGAUGUCACUUUGCACAUGGGGCUACUGAACUGCGUAAAACAGUAGUAUGAACUGGGUAGGUGCAUUUGUCUUGCCCUUUCGUAGCCAGGGUUGUAUUUUUGUUGUGCGCUGCAACUGUUACUGACAAAUUCUAUUGUCGGAGUUUCGUUCUUGUUUUCUUUUCAAGGCUGGCAUGGCUUUCUCAAUCUUAGAUUUCGAUUGAAUAUGUAGAUGUUCUCCUUAGGUUUGCUGAAUUGGCUAGAGGUUGUUGUCCCGAGAUUUCUAAUGACUGGUACUGUUUCCUGUACGGAGCUCCCUUUUUUCUUUUUGGGUGACGUGUUUUUCGAUUCUAA